AUGGCCUUUGAAAGGAUAACACAAAAGGACUGGUACAAAAUCCUGGGUGCAAAGCCAUCGGACAGUCCAGCAGAACUAAAACGGAAGUACCAAAAACUUGCUUUAUUAUAUCAUCCAGACAAACAGAAGGCAGAUGUGCCAGCAGGAGAAGUGGAGGAGCGCGUGCAGAGGUUCAUCGAAAUCGAUCAAGCGUGGAAAAUUCUAGGGAACGAAGAGACAAAAAAAGAGUAUGACCUGCAGCAGCGUGAAGAUAACCUGACAAAAGAAUGGCCACUACAUACACAAAUUUAUCUUGAGGAGAUGUCCUGGAAUGAAGAUGAACAAUGUUAUACUCUCUCAUGCCGAUGUGGUGGGAAUUACACUGUCUUCAAGAGUGAAACCAAAGAUGUGUCUUUGGUCUGUUGUGACACAUGUUCACUUGUUGUUGAGAUUCUUCAAUGA